CCCCGACGGCGCUGAGUCAGCAACGCGAGGGGGGAGUUUUGUCCCUCCGCGGACCCCGUUUCUCAGGGCCUCAGCCUCCCCGCCGCCACCGAGCCGGUUUCCUUUUUCCGGCGCUCCGGGUGCGAGAGGCAGGUCCGGCCACUUUGGCGGCGAGAGCCACAGUGCAAGCCCAGCACUCGCCUGAGGACCCCGAGAGCUAGCGUGACCCCGCCGGGCAGCUUAGGCGCCAUGAGCAACGCGGGACUGAAUUUGGAGAGAGUGGCUGCGCUCAUUCAGAAGCUGAAUUCCGACCCCCAGUUCGUGCUUGCCCAGAAUGUGGGGACCACCCACGACCUGCUGGACAUCUGCCUGAGGAGGGCCACGGUGCAGGGCGCGCAGCAUGUGUUCCAGCACGUCGUGCCGCAGGAGGGCAAGCCGGUCACCAACCAGAAGAGCUCGGGGCGAUGCUGGAUCUUUUCUUGUCUGAAUGUUAUGAGACUUCCAUUCAUGAAAAAAUUGAAUAUUGAAGAAUUUGAGUUUAGUCAAUCUUAUGUGUUUUUCUGGGACAAGGUUGAACGCUGUUAUUUCUUCUUGAACGCUUUUGUGGACACAGCACAGAAAAAGGAACCUGAGGAUGGGAGGCUGGUGCAGUAUUUGCUUAUGAACCCUACAAACGACGGUGGGCAGUGGGACAUGCUUGUCAACAUUAUUGAAAAAUAUGGUGUUGUGCCAAAGAAAUGCUUCCCUGAAUCACAUACAACAGAGGCAAGCAGAAGGAUGAAUGACAUUCUGAAUCACAAGAUGAGAGAAUUCUGCAUACGACUGCGGAACAUGGUGCACAGUGGAGCAACCAAAGCAGAAAUCUCAGCCACGCAGGAUACCAUGAUGGAGGAGAUAUUCCGAGUGGUGUGCAUCUGUUUGGGCAAUCCACCAGAGACAUUCACCUGGGAGUAUCGAGACAAAGAUAAAAACUAUCAGAAGAUUGGCCCCAUAACACCCUUGGAGUUUUACAGGCAACACGUGAAACCACUCUUCAACAUGGAAGAUAAGAUUUGUUUUGUGAAUGACCCUCGGCCCCAGCACAAGUAUAACAGACUAUACACGGUAGACUACCUAAGCAAUAUGGUAGGAGGGAGAAAAACUCUAUAUAACAACCAACCCAUUGACUUCUUGAAAAAGAUGGUUGCUGCUUCCAUCAAAGAUGGAGAGGCUGUGUGGUUUGGCUGUGAUGUUGGAAAACACUUCAAUGGCAAGCUGGGCCUCAGUGACAUGAAUGUGUAUGACCAUGAGUUAGUGUUUGGUGUCUCCUUGAAGAACAUGAAUAAAGCUGAGAGACUGACUUUUGGUGAGUCGCUUAUGACCCACGCCAUGACCUUCACUGCUGUCUCGGAGAAGGAUGAUCGGGAUGGUGUAUUUGUGAAAUGGAGAGUGGAGAAUUCGUGGGGUGAAGACCAUGGCCACAAAGGUUACCUGUGCAUGACAGACGAGUGGUUCUCUGAGUACGUCUACGAAGUGGUGGUGGACAGGAAGCAUGUCCCUGAAGAGGUGCUAGCCGUGUUAGAGCAGGAGCCCAUUGUCCUGCCAGCAUGGGACCCGAUGGGGGCUUUGGCUGAGUGAUGCUGCCCCUGACUCUUGCCUCCUCCCUUGGGACCUGAAGUUGCUGCAAAGGACAUCCAGGGGCUGACGCCAAAAUUACCUAGGUGACUGUGUGUUCCCACAGGACACGUCAGACUUUUGGAUUUCCAGUCUCCUCCAGGAGCCUCUUCGGGGAAGUGUGCUUUAUGCUGAAACAGAAUAUUCAUAAAAAAAAAAAAAAAGGGAAAGAUCAGGUCAUUCUAUCUUCUCUCUUCACCUGCAACAGCUCAGGAUCUCUUAGCAUUUUAAUCAGAUGUGAGCGUUUGCCUUCACUCUGGCGAAAGGGUUUGAUUCAGUGUCUGUGUUUUAAUAAGACAGGCGAGGAUGAGAGUGAGGUGUCUGGAGAGGAAACAGACCUAAUGCUUCUUCUUAGCAUACAGCAGGGGGAGGGUCACCUGCCGUUUGAGCUCACAGCACUGCACGCUGCCUGGCAGUAGCACUGUCCCCCCCAGAAGGCAGUCACUGAAUUCGGUUUCUUCAAGGUAACUUCAUGUGCCUCUAACAGCCCAAGAGUGGGAGGUUGAUCAGGCCUGACAUGAUUCCUUCCUGUUGUUCUGAACUGUGGGGCGCUCAGCUCUACUUGGGUUUAAGCAGAAGCUUUCUAGAGAAAGCUGGGUGAGAGAACAGCCGCAAACCUUAUCAUGAUCUCAAUUAUAAUCCUUCGGGGGCUCUAGCCACGCGGUUUAAUUCUGCCUCUGAUCGGGGGUCGGGUGGGCAGGAAAAGGCGAUAUCCAUUCUUUCUGACAACUGGAUGGUGCUGAGAAGCUUUUGAAUAAAACACUUUACUAAAUGAGAA